UUAUCCUCACCAAAAACAACUAAGGCAGAACUGCACAUGUAUAUGAAUCGGCGUUUAGAUUUUCCAUGAUACUAAUAUGUAUACUUGCAUAAAAUGUGGCGCAGAAGUGGAUGAAUUGUACCGAAGGUAUAGUCCAAGUGUCCUCAAGGUUUCAAAAUGUGAUAAAUGUGACAGUAUAGCAGAUAAAUACAUAGAGUAUGAUCCAGUAAUUGUUCUGGUUGACCUAGUUUUAUUGAACAAGUCCGCAUACAGACAUUUACUGUAUAACAGUGGUUUCAAGUCCUAUUGGAAACUAAUAGUCGUACUUGUCCUUGGAGAGUCAUUUAGGAUCUGGUCUUCAGUUGGAUCUAAGGAGUCAGUGCAAACUGCCCUGCCACUGCAUAAAGAUGAUAAAGAUGCAUACGAAGGAGAAAGAAGCUUUUAUAUAUUGGUGUUACAUACAACACUCUCACUUGGUGCAUUUUUUUGCGCAGUAAUUGGUGUUACUGAAUUACGGUGGUUAAUUUCAGGGCACAAACCUAACAAAUAUAGUGCUCUUGAUUUAGGAAGGGCUUUGACUGUGGGGGGUUGCGCUAAACUUAUUGGAUUGCUCGAUAUGGUCUGGGGACACAUUUCUCCAGAUCCUCACUAUGCUCUGAUACAUGGAUACACUGUACUGUGUCUCCUAACAGCUUAUUCAGUGGUUUGCGAAAGUGGGAGAAGCGGAUCAUUAGUUGGGCUGGCUGGUGGGAUAUUAGCAUAUGGAUAUGUUACUGCCAAUAUUGCAUGGAUACAACGAGCAUUUGCCAAUACUGCCAACUCUACGGCGAUAAAUGCCAUGGUCCACUGAAUAUGAGGUAAAAUCCUUACUAAACGUCCUUAACUGGAAGUAUGCUCCAGCCUAAUACCAGCCUAUCAAAACCGCACGAAAAUAAAUUGCAGAUACCUCCAUC